GGGAGAGAAUCAGGUUCAUUUCAUGCCAGCACAUUAAUCAGCUUCCCAAAAGAUUACCCACAUAAGAAACUUCAUUCAAAUGUGUGUGCAUUUCUCUUAAAAACUGAAUAGUAGCUAAAUUCAAUCUAAAAUGGGAUUCAGAAUCUUCAACUUAAAUCUCAUUUACAAGCCAUAUCUCUCAAGAAUUCCCUCAACUACCCAUAAAAAUUCAAUCUUUACUCUUCACAAUCCAUCAAAAAUCAACUCUUUAACAACCCAAUUGCAAGAAAUUAAUGAUCCUUCAAAUGUGAUUAUCAACCCACCAAAUUCCCAAAUUUUCAAGCGCUGGCAUUUUGGGCAUUCACAUCAUCAUCAUCAUCAUGGCCCACAUCAUGAUUCUAGCAAAAAAAGUGAGAACAUUUUUAGGCUUGGACUUGCUGCUGACAUUGGUUUGACAGUCGGAAAAGCCGUCACCGGUUACUUCUCCGGUAGCACUGCUAUCAUUGCCGACGCCGCGCAUUCUCUCUCCGACGUGGUUCUCAGCAGCGUUGCUUUACUCUCAUUUAAAGCUGCUAGAGUGCCUAGAGACAAAGAACACCCAUAUGGCCAUGGUAAAUUUGAGACACUAGGAGCGCUAGGAAUCUCUGGCAUGCUCCUUGUAACUGCAGGAGGUAUUACAUGGCAUGCUGCUGAUAUAUUGCUGGGUUUGCUUACAGCAUCUCCUGAAGUUGUUAGCCAAUCCUUGAUGCAUGAGCAUGGUCAUCAUAGUGGGCAUGACCAUAAGAUCGAUAUGGAUCACCCGAUUCUCGCAUUAAAUAUGGCUAUUUUAUCCAUCGCUGUAAAAGAAGGUCUUUUUCGGAUAACAAAGAGAGCUGGGGAAAAGGAAGGCAGUGGACUCAUGAAAGCAAAUGCAUGGCAUCACAGGGCUGAUGCUAUCUCUUCUUUCGUUGCACUUAUUGGGGUAGGAGGAUCCAUUCUUGGUGUGAAAUUUUUUGAUCCCCUUGCUGGACUUCUUGUGUCUGGCAUGAUUCUAAAAGCAGGUCUGGAAACUGGUUACCAGAGUGUUUUAGAGCUGGUAGAUGCUGCAGUUCCACAGCAGCUAUUGGACCCUCAUCGAGAAACAAUUCUACAAGUUGAAGGAGUGAAGGGAUGUCACCGUCUGAGGGGAAGAAGGGCUGGCUCGUUUUUGCACCUUGAUGUACACAUAGAGGUUGAUCCUUUCACCAGUGUCAGUGCCGCUCAUCAUAUUGGUGAAAAUGUUAGGCACCGAAUUCACGAGUCUCAUCCUGAAGUGGCUGAAGUCUUCAUACACAUAGAUCCUUCUAUUUCUGAAAUAUCACCAGAAGUUGACGUGAAAGAGAAUUUGGACAGCUUGGAUGAAACUAAUGACAGUAUCUCCUUAAAGGACAAAGACUUUGAUCAUAUCAUCUCUGAUAUAUUCUCAUCACAGUUUCCAAAGAAAAUGAAGCUAGAGCACAUAACGCCUCACUUGUUGCAAAACAAGAUUAUGCUGGAUGUUGAGGUCUCCAUGCCACCUGACAUAAUGAUCAGUGAUGCAAGGUUGAUGGCAGAGGAAGUGAAAAAGGAGAUUCUCGGAACAGUAUCUGAUGUCAUUCAAGUUCAUGUUCAGUUGCGGCUCACACCUGCUAACCAUACAACUCCCUCGUAAUUUUUCCUGAGACUAUGAUGCCUUUUUGCUAGGAUUAUAGAUAGCUUUAUAAACAUGAAAUGCUGUUCCCGGAGAAAGUCAUAGACAUGAGUACGAACUGCAGGAAAAUAACACUAACUUCAGCAUCUUUAUGUGUACUGAAUAUAGUUCUUUCUGUGGAUCGCAGAAGGGGAUAUAAGGUGUGAUGCAUAGGUUUAGAAGAAAGUUAAAUAGAGAAACUUCCGUUCUUGAGAUGCAUUCAUAUAAUUGUAUAAACAAGUCCAUUUUCAGACAUACAAACAAGGAUAAGGUGACUGAUGUACAGAGUCUUGUACGCAGUGCUGCGGUGCUUCUAAACUUGCUGCUUUUUUUUGGCAAUGCAAUUUUCUAGCAUGGUACAACGAAAUAGUUUGUUUCUCAUAUUAAUAUGCUUUUUUUGUGCUAUUGUUUUGAGGAUGCAAUUUACUCUAGAAGUAAACUCGAUGAUCAUCAGAUCGUUCUAGUGACUCAACGGGAUGAUUGGGUAUACAUUCACGAUUUCACGAAGCUAAUACUGCACAAACUCACGAGUCAUGAAGCUAUAAAGGGCAUCCUUUAUAAUAUUACAUUGCAUUACAGAGUAAAAUAAUGAAGCUAUAUUAAGGGCAUCCUGUAUAAUGAUACAAUAGCAUGUUUUUGUCAUGUAGUUCUGCAUAAAAUUUAAGAUUUUGUUCAGAAAAUUGAAAUCUUCUAUUUUUACAAGAUCAAUUAAUUUUGAUGGCAAUAACAUUUAUGAAAAUCAUUAUUAUCUACUACCUCCAGUUCCUAUUACUCACAAGAAAAAAUAUUUUAUGCCUCACGAAUAAUACGAGUCUUAAGUUUCUAAAUUAUGUUUAAAAUUUAAAAUUUGAUUAAAUUGAAUUUAUUUCGCAUUAAAAUCCUCACAAUUUAUUUCGGAGUAAUAUGCAAUUUUCAAAUAUAAUUUUUAGUUUAUUUUUUAUUGAUUUUGUAAUUUUGAAGUGACAAAAAACAAAAAAUAUUCAGCGAUAAAUUCCAAUUUGUAAAUUAAUCUGACAUAGUUUACGAAAAGGAGUGAUUGAAUCAGAUAAUUGUAGUCUGUAGUUUUAGUCGACACAUUUAUAUUCCGAUACAAAUUUCAUCACUUCAAUAACUCCAUUUUCAAUCUUAAACUUCAGAUGUCAAUGUAAUACUAUUAUCGACUUUACAGUAUUUAUUUAUAUUUAUUGCAAUCUCGACUGUAACCUUUCACACUUCAAUUGCAAUUUCAAAUGUACAUAACAGAAGAAAAUAAAAUUAUUGUAAAAAAAUAGGAAAAUUUUGAGGUAUAAAUUUGACAAAAAUUAAGAAAUUAAGCCAUUGAAUCAGAUAAUUGUAGUCUGUAGUUUUAGUCGACAUAAUUAUAUUCCGAUACAAAUUUCAUCACUUCAAUGGCUUCAACUUCAAUCCAAUCAUCAAAACUUAAAUAAAUAUUU